AUGACAUUUACCAAUAAAGCAGCUAAGGAGAUGAAGGAGAGGGUGGCGUUGCUUCUUUUCAGUCAAGCAAAAAUACAAGCACACAUCAGCACUUUCCACUCUUUCGGUGCAAGCUUGCUAAGAAUAUUUCAUGAAGACGUAUCCCUCCCAAGAGAUUUUCAAAUAUACGAUACAAAUGACCAGCAAGCCCUUGUAACACAGGCGGUAGAGGGUAUUUCAGCACAAGAAGCAAAGGCAAUAGUAAGAAAAAUCUCUUUCUUAAAAGACAGAGGUAUUACUCAUUUCUCAAAUGAUCCAUUAAUGAACGACUUACAUUUAUCCGCACAAACCUACCAGAAAUAUGAAGAGCUAAAAAAGAAUACUGGGAAUGUGGAUUUUGGAGAUCUGCUACUCCUUCCUUAUCUCUUGCUUAAGAAGAACAAGCAAGCGUUACAAAUGGUUCAAAAAAGAUGGAUUCACUGCUUGGUUGAUGAAUACCAGGAUACAAACAGCAUCCAAUUUCUUUUUCUAGAAUUACUUUAUAAGCACAACCCUCAUUUUACGGUGGUAGGUGAUGACGACCAAUCUAUUUACAAAUUCAGAGGAGCAAUAGUGGAUAACAUACUUAGCUUUUCGUCCCAUUUUCCUGGAAGUCGUAUAAUUCGCUUAGAAGAAAACUAUCGAUCAAGCAAGCAAAUACUAGAUCUUGCUAAGGAUGUAGUGUCGCACAAUACAAAAAGACAUAGCAAGGAUGUAUUUUCCUCUACAAAUGAAGGGGAAACACCUCAUGUUAUUCAAUUUGAUUAUGAACUAGCAGAACAAAAAUAUGUAGUAGAACUCGCACGCAAAGCAAAUGAAAAGAACAAAAGCCUAGGAAUUUUUUUUCGUAUCAACUCCCUUUCCCGUGGGUACGAAGAAGCGCUUGUGCAGGCAGGGAUACCCUAUGAGUUAGUAGGUGCAGUAUCGUUCUAUGAGAGAGAAGAGAUAAAAGACGCCAUAGCUUUACUACGCCUAUACAAAAACAAACACGAUAUUAUAAGUUUUAGAAGAAUAGUAAAUAAACCGCGAAGAAGCAUAGGGGCAAAGACGAUAGCUAGCAUUACCCAAGAAAUGGCAAAGGGCAGAAACUGGGAGGAAGUAAAAAAUAUAUUGUGGCAGCAUAUACCAGCAGCAGCACAAAAAGGGCUAGAUUUUUUUAGUUCUUGCAUGUCCCAUAAUUCCCUUGAAAAGGAGCCUACUGUGGGCGCGUGUCUAGCACAGCUUUUUCGAAGUGUAGGGCUUUGGGAACACUACACAGAGGAAGACAAAGCCUCAAACAGCGAACGUAGAAAGAAUGUAGAGGAGCUUGUGAGUUUUGCAUCAGGUUUUUCCAACGAAAACAAAGCUUGGCAGGGUUUUUUUGAACAGAUUUCACUUGUAGAGGGGCGUUUACGAAAUGUUGCCUCUAAGAUACAGUUAAUGAGUCUUCAUAGAUCCAAGGGUCUGGAGUUUGACAUGGUGCUUAUUUGUGGAAUUGAAGAAGGUAUACUUCCAAUGGGGAGGGAUUUUGAGGAUAUAGACAUAGAAGAAGAAAGGAGAUUGUUCUACGUAGGGGUAACACGAGCAAAGGAAUUUCUUGCACUUAGUUACUGUAAGAAGCGGCAGAAAUAUGGUUUUCUACGCCAAACCUUCCCUUCAAGUUUUCUUUUAGAACUAAAGCAGGAGCUAGUGAAUAUGAGUUUUUAUGAAUAUACCUCGGAAGAACGUCUGCUACAAAAACACUCGCACGACGAAGGGCAGGGCUACUACCCCGUACACAAGAAAAACGAUUACCAUAACAAUUACCACAGUGAAGGCAAUUCGAACGAACACCCUGUAUACGAGAGCAAAUGGAUGGAGGGAGAUGAAGUGGAACAUAAAUCGUAUGGAUCAGGAAAGAUAUUACAGGUACGUAACACAAACAAGCACUGCAUUAUUAAAGUUGUGUUCACAGAUGGACGCGAAGCAAUGUUUCUCCCUCAGUAUUCUUCGGCGAUACAAAAAAAAGCAAAACAUAAUGAAGGGUAG